UGUUAAUUAACUUUGAAAAUUAUUCUUUCUGCAGCUUCGAGACUGUAUCCAGAAGACCUUGAAUGAGUGGAGUUCCCAGAUCAGCCCCGAUUUGGUCAGGGAGUUUCCAGAUGUCUUGGAAUGCACUGUGUCUCACGCAGUUGAGAAGAUAAACCCCGAUGAAAGAGAGGAAAUGAAAGUUUCUGCAAAACUGUUCAUUGUAGGAUCGAAUUCUUCAUCAUCAACUAGAAGUGCAGUUGAUAUGGCGUGCUCCGUCCUGGGAGUCGCACAACUGGACUCUGUCAUCAUUGCUUCACCUCCCAUUGAAGAUGGAGUUAAUCUUUCCUUGGAGCAUCUGCAGCCUUACUGGGAGGAACUAGAAAACCUAGUUCAGAAUAAGAAAAUUGUUGCUAUAGGCACCUCUGACCUAGACAAAACACAGCUGGAGCAGCUGUACCAGUGGGCACAGGUAAAACCAAAUAGUAAUCAAGUUAAUCUUGCCUCCUGCUGUGUGAUGCCACCAGAUUUGACUGCAUUUGCUAAACAGUUUGACAUACAGCUACUGACUCAUAAUGACCCAAAAGAGCUGCUUUCAGAGGCAAGUUUCCAAGAAGCCCUUCAGGAGAGCAUCCCUGACAUCGAAGCCCAGGAAUGGGUGCCACUGUGGCUGCUGAGAUACUCUGUCAUUGUGAAAAGCAGAGGAAUCAUCAAGUCAAAAGGCUACAUUUUACAAGCCAAAAGAAGGGGAUCGUAACUACAACUCAAGCUCAGUGCUUACUGACCCGUGUUUAUCUCAAACAGAAGAUAAAAAUUCCACAAGAUCAAAUUGAAAUGUGUAAAAUCUAGCUGUUGCCUAUAGGAAGUGUCAUUGAGGCACGUGAUGUUUUGGCAAUGUGUUGUCAAGUUUCGAAUACUUCUCUUGCCUCCGCAUCAGCACAGUCACAGGAACUGCUGUACUGUUUUCAUUAAACUAUUGUUUUCUAACUGAAAUUGUCUAUAAAGAAAAAUACUUGCAAUAUAUUUCCUUUAUUUUUAUGAGUAAUAGAAAUCAAGAAAAUUUGUUUUUAGAUAUAUUUUGGCUUAGGCAUCAGGGUGAUAUAUAUACAUAUUUUUUAUUUCCAAGAUUCAUUAAUUGCUUCUUACUCUAUACUUCUAUACUCUAUAACUAAGCAAUUAAAUUACAGUUGAUAAAAUAGAUACUGGAAGAUAUUUUUUCCUGUUAUUGGCAAAGUAACCUAUCUCAGUGUAACUACAGCAGCUAGGAUCUACUAGUAAUGUAAAUAAAAUUCAUUCUUUGAUCCAUGAAUGGAAACUUAA